GUGCACUAUAUAUAGUUAAAUACUCUGCACACACGCUUGCGCACUAUUUUACUAAAUUGUAUAUAGAUAUGUUAUAGAUAUAUAGAUAUAUGGUGUUAUAGCAGAUACUUAUGUGUAUAUUUUUUAUUCUUUUGUAAAGUUAGAGGCGUUUUUUUAUUGGUGUCUACCUAUGUAGAAGUGCACCUAUGUAGGGAAGAAGGAGGCAUUUGGGAUUGAAUCCGACUGACUCGGAGAAGCUCAGCGGAGAUAAGACACGCUGUGUAAACAAACCGGUUUAACGGUUAAACUUUUCCCCCUCAGAGCGUCUUUAAAGCACAACAUGGCGUCCCGGUCCCUGUCCUCUUCCCCCGACUCGGCGGCGGGCUGGGGAUCCGACUCAGGGAGGCCCGACCCCGGGGAGGAGCGCAGUGUGGAGUCCGGUACCGGCUCUGACCUGGAGGGAGCAGAGCUCGAGCGCGAGUUUGAGUCCGCCGCAGAGAGAGUGCGCGAGCUCGUGCAGACCGCGAGCAGGGAGGAGCUUCUUUACCUGUACGCCAGGUACAAACAGGCCACAGUUGGGAAAUGUAACACACCCAAACCGGGGUUCUUCGAUUUCGAGGGUCAGAGGAAAUGGACAGCGUGGAAGCAGUUGGGUGAUAUGAGUAAAGAGCAGGCCAUGCAGGAAUACAUUUCCUCUGUACACAAACUCGAUCCGGACGGUUUUAAGGGUUCAUCUGAGAGAAGGAGAGGAGAACGCAGGACGGCAUUCGGCGGAGCAGCAGUGAGCUGUUUGUACCAGCAAGAGACGAUCAGGGAGGAGGAUAAGAACAUAUUUGACUACUGCAGAGAGAACAACAUCGAGCAGAUUCGCUCGGCCCUCAGCGCACACAACGUCGACGUCAACACCAAGGACGAGGAGGGUCGAGCGCUGCUGCACUGGGCUUGUGACAGAGGACACAAAGAACUCGUGACUUUCUUACUGAACAACAACGCCAACAUCAACAGCCAGGAUAAUGAAGGUCAGACUCCUCUGCAUUACGCGUCUGCGUGUGAGUUUGGUGAGAUAGUGGAGCUCCUCCUGCAGAGCGGUGCUGAUCCCUCCAUCAAAGACGGAGAAGGUUCUCUCCCUGAGGAAGUGACUGAGUCCAGCUCCAUCUCGUCUCUCCUCCGGCAGUACAGCGCUCCCAAAGGAUAAAACAAACACACAUACACACACACACACACACACACACACACAAAC